AUAAACACACUUCAAAAGCUAACCCAACCUCGUAUUUACUGUUUUACCCUAAACAAUAAUAUAACCAAGUUUUUACUUAAAUUUGUAAUGAAAUAAUAGCAAUCGCCGUAAAAAUGCGGACUGGAUAUGUGGCGGCGUUUUUUGUUUUAUUUGUUGCAGUAAAUUCCGAGGAAAAUGGCAACGAGAAUGGGAAUAUGUACGACACAAAACUAUCAAAGAGAGUGAUAUCACCAGGGUACUACUCCCAAGAGUGUAAUGCGCACAAGACAUGUAAAGACCCCAUCAAGUACUGUCACAUGUUUCUGUGCGUGGACUGUCUAAAGGAAAACGUCGCGUGCACACAGAACGGACAGUGCUGCCCCGGGUCCGAAUGCGUUUAUGGCCGCUGUAGGACUGGGAUGAGCUCAGGACAGGCUGGCACAUUCUGCGACCGUCAAAGUGAUUGUAAAGACCAGGACCUCUGCUGUGUGCGUGAGCCCUCCAUAAACCCUGCAAUCUCGAUCUGCAAGCCUGCCCUUGAUGAGCAUCAGACGUGCGGUCCAUAUAAUCAGUACCGGACGGUGUAUAUCGGCGGCACAGUGCAGCCCGCAUGUGGACCGUGCAAGCAAGGUCUUACUUGUAAACAAGUCGGAAUCUUUGGCGUUCACCAAGUUUGUCUCCCAGAAGCCGCCGCGGCCGCUGCAGCAGGAAAAUAAACGUCUACGGCCGUAUAGCUACAACAUUACGACGACGACGACGAUGAUGAUGAUGAUGAUGGCUUUUAUAUUGCCAAAAAUGUUGUCUCAAAAACUUAUCCUUUCCACAGAGAGAGGAAUUGAAGAAAAAUUUAACAAUGAUUUUUUUUCCGCUAAACGAUUGAACAUAAAAAAAUGUCGCCGCCUUUUGUGGCCUUUAGUUUAGUUGAAGUUACCAGAAAUAUGAUAAAUAGGAAAUAUGGAAAUAUGCUGAAUAUGUUAUUGUGUUCUUACCAAAAAGUGAGAGAAACUAGUUCGUCACACAAACAGAAAAAAAAACGAACAGUACAAGAAAUUAAUAGACAUUUUUUAUUAUUAAAACCAGCUAUGUAUAUACACAUAAAUAUACACUGGAUUGAG